AUGUACAUGGAUGAUAAAGAGGGUCAGGUGCACAUAUUCUUCCUCCCCUUCAUGGCACAUGGCCACAUGAUACCAACCAUAGACAUGGCAAAGCUAUUUGCUUCUCAAGGAGUGAAAGCAACCAUAGUCACCACUCCUGUCAAUGCACCACUUGUCUCCAAAUCAAUCCAGAGAUCAAAAAAUUUGGGUUUUGAAAUUAAUAUCAAAACCAUCAAAUUUCCUGCUGUUGAGGUUGGAUUGCCAGAAGGAUGCGAAAACGCAGACUCGAUCACUUCUCAUGAGAUGCAAGGGGAAAUGACGAAAAGAUUUUUCAUGGCAACAUCCAUGCUCCAAGAACCACUUGAGAAGCUAUUGCAAGAAUGUCACCCUAAUUGCCUUAUCGCCGAUAUGUUCCUUCCUUGGACCACUGAUGCUGCAGCAAAAUUUGGAAUUCCAAGGCUUGUGUUUCAUGGUAUCAGUUGCUUUUCUUUGUGCACUUCAGAUUGUUUGAGGAGAUAUGAGCCGUACAAGAAAGUUUCUUCUGAUUCUGAACUGUUUGUGGUGCCUGAGCUUCCUGGUGACAUAAAGUUCACAAGGCAGCAACUGCCAGAUUUUAUGAAACAAAACGUUGAGACUGAUUUUACUAGGUUAAUUCAAAAGGUUAGAGAAUCAUCAUGGAAGAGUUAUGGGAUUGUCAUCAAUAGUUUCUAUGAGCUCGAGUCUGCUUAUGCUGAUUUUUUCAAGGAGCUAGGAAGGAAGGCAUGGCACAUAGGCCCAGUUUCGUUGUGCAAUAGAGAAUUUGAAGAUAAAGCACAGAGAGGAAAGGAAGCUUCAAUUGAUGAACAAGAGUGUUUGAAAUGGCUCGACUCAAAGAAACCCAAUUCAGUUGUUUAUAUUUGCUUUGGAACUGUAGCCAAUUUCAGCGAUUCUCAGCUAAAGGAGAUUGCCUUAGCUCUUGAAGCUUCAGGGCAGCAGUUUAUUUGGGUUGUCAGGAAAUACAAGAAAGCUAAAGAUGAAGAAGAAUGGUUGCCUGAAGGAUUUGAGAAAAGAAUGGAAAGCAAGGGACUGAUUAUAAGAGGAUGGGCACCACAAGUAGUCAUUCUUGAUCAUGAAGCAAUAGGAGGAUUUAUGACUCAUUGUGGGUGGAAUUCGACCAUCGAAGGCAUAGCUGCAGGGAAGCCAAUGGUAACCUGGCCAGUUUCUGCAGAACAAUUCUUUAAUGAGAAGCUGGUGACUGAAGUGCUAAAAAUUGGUGUGGCUGUUGGUGUUCAACAAUGGGUUACAGUAUAUGGAGAUAGCAUCAAGAGUGAAGCUAUAGAAAAGGCGGUAACUCGAAUCAUGAUAGGUGAAGAAGCAGAGGAAAUGAGAAGAAGAGUUAAGGCCCUAGGAGGAAUGGCAAAGAGGGCUAUUGAAGAAGAUGGUUCCGCUUACUCUGAUUUGAAAGCUCUAAUUGAAGAAUUAAGAGGCAGGCGCCACUGA